AAUGGCUGGAAAAACAAGGAUUAGAAAUUAGGAAUUUAAUGUGUAUUAUUAUUAAAAGAAUUCUGUUCUGUUCCUUUUAUUGGGCCACUGACCUGAAUGAAAAGAAAAUAACAGAGGAAAAUUUAUGUUGUUCUAGGAUGCAGGCAGAAAAAAGCAAGGUGCAGACAGACCAAAUGAAUCUCUUGCUGCUGGGGUUCUCAGAGUCUUCAGGAGGGUCAAACUCAGCUUAUGGCUUGCGUGAUCCCAAGCAACUCUGCUUACAUUAUGGUUAAGCCAAGCAGAGUUUGGGGCGAGGGAAGUCCAGAUAAAGAGGCCAAGUACUUCGUUUGCGUGCGGCGAGCGCGCCGCUCCUGGGUCAAGCCGUUCUGCUUUGCCACGAGCCAGGCGGGAGGGGGGCCUCUCCGGCUGAGGCACCAGCGUCCCUUUGAGCGCCGCUCGUGGCAAGGGCUGGCGAAUUCCGGGAAGCCUUUUCUCCCGGCUGCUCCAACCCAGCGCCUGAGACCGCGAGCCAAGGGCCGGCGCGCUCGGUUCCUCUCCCUUCCUGGGCCACAGGCGCUCGCUCGGGCGGCGGGCGGCGGCUCCACCCCUUUCGGGCUGAUCAGUAAGUGUGGCCGAUGGUGUAAUUGUGAGGCUGUCAUGGCAGCAUUUAAAGGCAUCUGGACCAAGUCCUUCUGGAAGUCAGUGUCAGCAGAACUUUUGGCCAUGCUCAUUUUUGUCUUCCUCAGCCUUGGCUCUACUAUCAACUGGGGUGGAAGUGAAAAACCCCUUCCUAUGGACGUGGUCCUUAUUUCUCUAUGCUUUGGACUCAGCAUUGCAACAAUGGUCCAGUGCAUUGGACCUAUCAGUGGUGGCCAUAUUAACCCUGCAGUGACCAUUGCAAUGGUUUGCACUCGGAAGAUCAGCCUUGCCAAGUCAGUCUUCUAUAUUGUAGCCCAAUGCCUGGGUGCCAUUGCAGGGGCAGGGAUUCUCUAUCUUGUCACUCCAUCAAGUGUAAUUGGGGGACUGGGAGUUACCCAGAUACAUGCAGAACUUUCCAGUGGACAUGGGCUCUUGGUGGAGGUGAUAAUUACCUUCCAGCUGGUUUUUACUAUUUUUGCCAGCUGUGAUUCUAAACGAAAUGAUGUCACCGGCUCUGUGGCAGUGGCAAUUGGACUAUCGGUUGCAAUAGGACAUUUCUUUGCUAUCAAUUACACAGGGGCCAGCAUGAACCCUGCUCGGUCAUUUGGGCCUGCAGUUAUUAUGGGUAACUGGAAAGAUCAUUGGGUGUAUUGGUUGGGACCAAUUAUAGGAGCUGUCCUGGCGGGUGCCCUUUAUCACUAUGUCUAUUGCCCUGAUGAUGAGCACAAGUUCAAGGAAACUUUUACUAAGACAACUCAGCAACCCAAAGGAAAAUACCUUGAAGUAGAAGACCCCAAGAGCCAGAGGGAAACAGAUGAUCUACUCCAGAAACCUGGAAUGGUCCACUUCAUUGAUCUGGAAAGGGGUGAUGAUAAGAAAGGAAGAGAUCCUACCAAUGAAGUGCUAUCAUCUGUAUGACUAGCAAGAAGCACUGAAAGCAAAGAUCAGCCUGCUAGUAUAUUCACAGAUAGUUUUCCACCUAUAAAAGAGACAGACCUAUUGUGAGUUCUUCACUUGAGAUAACUUCAAAUGUUGGGCAAUAUCAUCAAUGAAUUAGCUGUUUAAUCAGAUCAUAUGUGAGAGGAUAGUGUAUAUAUAUAAAACUAACAAGAACUAAUAUUUAGAAUAAAGAGAGAAGACAAAAGUGCAAAAAAUAACAAACAGGAAAAAGUAAUAAAAAUAAAUGACUUUCAAUUUUCUUUUACAGCAAUUAUAAGUAUACAUUUAAAUUAACCUCUUAUUCUAUGGUUACAACUUUGCUUACAUUUUUUCUAUAAUCUGUAUUUUUUCUAAUCAUUAAACCAUAAUUUCAUAUUUAUUCAUUUUCAUAAUGCCACACAAAAACUUAAAAAGGGAUUUCAAAUCAGCAUUGACCUUAGAUAAUGCUUUAUCUCUAAUUAAAGUUGUCAAUUUAGCAAUCUCAGCAAGUUCCAUCAUUUUCACCAUCUAUUUCUCAACUUGUUAGUAAAGUUAAAUCUUGCCACCUUUCUGCACAUAAUAAUCUCAUUGUAACUGUCAUAUAUAGAAACAAAGUUCCAUGAUUUUUCACAUCAAUGUUUCAAUUCCCUUUAAUUCAUCUUCUAAAACCAAUACCAGGUUAUCUGCAGAAGCUCUUAGUUUUAAAUCUGUUUUUCACAUUUACAUCUUUAAUCCUUUAAUCUUAUAUCUCUAUUCAAUAUUUUCCAAACUAAAAUAAUAAAUAAAUAGAAUAAAUAAACAGAAGAGGAGAUAAUGGGAAACCCUGUCUUAUUCUUUUUCAUAUCUCACAUGGUUUAGUUAAAUCUCCAUUUACAAUUAUUUAUGCAGUCUAUGGAGUAUAAAUUAAUUUUAUCCUUUUUAUGAAAGUCUCUCCAAAAUUUAUAUUUUCCAAAAUUUAAUAAAAUAGUUCAAUUCUAAUUUCUCCUGGGGAAUCUUAUGCCUUCUGUACCAAAUAGAAUAAUACUGAUGAAUUUUUUUUGUAUAUUAUCCAUUAAUACAGUGAAAUUUCCAUAUUGUUUUCUUUUUCUUUUCUUAAUUUAUAUGCAAAAUGUUUCCUUGAUUUAUUUGCAAAUACCUUUUUUUUGCUUUGCAUAAUUCAUUUUUAUAUCCAUUUCUUUUAUUGUAAACUUUAACAGCUGUUAUUGUAAAAUUUUAAUUUGAUGAGAAAUAUUUAUCUGCUUUGGAGAUUUAAUUGUUCUUUAAUCUCAUCAAGAUAGUCUAUAUUUCUCUUAGUUCGUUUUUUAAGUUGGGUGUUGUAUUGUAUGGUCUCAUAAAAACUUUACUUGAAUUCCACACCAUUCUUAAAUCCAUGCCCAUAUUUAAAUUAUGUUCAAAGAUUCUGUUAAUUUCUUUUUAUAAUCCAUCAUUGGUUUUAUAACAAUAUUUCAUUUAAUCUCCAUUUAAAAGUAGUAGCUUUACCUCUAUAAACCUAACUCAUGAGAUUAUGAUCAGAAACAGGUUUUGGCAAGAUCUCUACUUUAGAAAUCUUAGUAGCUAGGUUCUAUAAAAACCAAAAUGUAUCUAUUAUUGAAACAAAUCUUUGUUUUUCUGAAGAAUUAUAUUCUUUAGAGCACUGGUGUCAAAUCACCGCAUCAUGACGUGUUGCAACUUAUUGCCCAUAGAAACAAGAAACUAUUAGAUUGUUCUUCUGAUUCUUAAUUGGCUGCUGUCAGUUCUGAUGAGUAUUUUCAUUGUAAAGUCUAUGUCAAACUCAGUGGUAUGGGGGACAUGAAAAAGCUCUAUCAGAGCAUUUGUCUGUCCCUUCCAAACCAAUAAAACAUUAAUUGUUUCCUGUCUUCUCUCCACCAACGGUCUUCCUCAUUAAUAAUCUUGCAAUUGAAAUUAUUUUACAUCCCAAAUAAUGCUAAAAAUAUAUAUACCAAUUUAUAAUGUCCUUCCGUGCAAAAGAUCUCACAAAGUUUAGCUGCUCAUCAUAAAACUAAUAAAAUGUGUAAGGAUCAGAAAAAAGGUGGAAACUGAUCUGCUUUCAGUGCACUUAUUCAAACAAAUAAAGCAUUACUGUGCCAAUUUUAUAUAAAUGAAAUGUUUAAUCUCAUCCAUUUUGCAUACACUGUAAUUUUUAAAAAGUAAUUAUAAUAAAGAGGUUUAUUUAUUAAUUCUUUAAAAUAUUACCGGAAUAUUUUUUGGUAACUGAUAUUUUGCAUUCAAGUGACUAACAAAGACCUACUUCUAAAUAUAUUGCCUGUUUGAAAACAUACACUGGAAGGAAAAAUUAUUCAGAAAAACACAGAGUGUUACUUUGGACAGUCACUGGUACUUAUGGCUUAAAUUGCUCACCCCCAACAUGUACAUAUUGCAAAAACACCAUCAGCAAAGUUAGUGUGGUUUUCCCACAGGAGUAAAAUCAAUGUAAUUAAGCGGCCUCUGAAGUCUUUCCAUGUAUCAAUUUAGAGAAGGCCAGAGAAAGAUGGCAAGCCGUGUCCCUCCCUCUGGUGUUGCAUACAUGAUUCAUACAAAAAUGGAGGGCCUUGAUUAUAUGUCAUAAAGCUUGCAAAAACGCCAACAAAAAGUUGUUUAAAGCAGAGGUCCCCAACCUUUUGGGCACCAGGGACUGGUUACAUGGAGAGAGGUUUUUCCGCAGACCAGAGGGGGUAUGGUUUUGUGUGCUGCCUGUAUCCUACAGAUGGGACUUUCCUUGUUUGUGCGGACCAGUUACUGGCAUGCCACGGCCCAGUACCAGUCCACAGACCAGGGGUUGAGGACCCCUGGUUUAAAGCAUAACAAAUACCAAGUCUCAAUAUCUUUCAAAGCCAUACAAAUCGGAAAAAAUCACACAGCCUUUUAUUGAUAUGAAAAGGAUGAAUUUAUUGAGCCUCAAAAAUUACAAUCUAAUACAGUUGCAUGAGAUACUUCUGAAUUGUUUUUCAAAGUAAUAAUUAUUUUAUUAAACAUUAAAGCUUCACUUUUCAUAUUACAACUAUAUA